UUGCAGCGUCAGAUGGGGCGUGUUGACGGACACUCCUGCCAACUGAGUUAAGUGGAACUCAGCUCAAGCUAAGCAACAUAUUCUGCUGCCAACUUCUCUGAGUGCUGUUGCCUUACGUUGACGCAAGAUGUUUAUGGCCAAAAGACUCAUUGGUGGCUUCAUUGAUGUUAUAAGUAACAUCGACCCAGCCCAGUUUGUGCCUUCUGACCCUCCUCCACCACGUAGACCAGCUGUAUAUGCUGAGCAGCAUGAGAGUGAUGAGGAGAAACAGUUCCGCAGAGUCUUCCAGCAGCUUGCUGGAGAUGACAUGGAAGUGAGCCCCACUGAGCUGAUGGACAUCCUAAAUAGAAUCAUUGCAAAGCAUGGUGAUCUGAAGACAGAUGGUUUCAGCAUUGAGUCUUGCAGGAGCAUGGUGGCAGUCAUGGAUAGUGACAGCACUGGAAAACUUGGCUUUCAUGAAUUCAAACACCUCUGGAACAACAUAAAGAAAUGGCAGGCAAUGUACAAGUCCUACGACACAGAUGGCUCAGGUCUCAUUGGUGCAGAUGAGCUGCCCAACGCUUUCAGAGCUGCAGGCUUCCCGCUCAAUGAUCAGCUGUUCCAGAUGUUAACUCGCAGAUACAGCGAUGAAGAUGGGAACAUGGAUUUUGAUAACUACAUUGGCUGCCUUGUGAGGCUGGAUGCCAUGUGCCGUGCCUUCAAAACCCUGGAUAAGGAUAACAAUGGGACUAUCAAAGUCAAUAUUCAGGAGUGGCUUCAGUUGACCAUGUACUCUUGAGUCCAGACGAUGUCUCUCCUGCUUGCUAUAUGGAACCACUUUGUUUGUCUGCACAGUACAAAAUAUUUGAACUACCACCCCAACAACUCUUUUCUAUUGCGCGUGCAGGUUUAUUUGGAAUGCUAAUGCAGUGUAAGUCUUUUUUUUCCAUAAUAUUCACAAGACAGAAUUGAAACUGUAUUAAAUCACUAUGAAAAGGACAAACCUGCACUCACAAUGGUACACAUAGCUGAGGGUCAACUAUAAAUGCCACUGAGUGCUCUGGAAAAGGAUGUGGCCAACAUGAUUCAGGUGUAUAAAAAUGAUAGAAUGUUGAAUAUGUGUUAUUUGGUUAGCUUGUUUGGCAUCUGCUUUUGAUCUGCCUCCGAAUUCAUGAGAAUUCAUGAAUUCAUGAGAAUUCAUGAAGUCAUGAGAAGAGGCAGCACAUCAAGAUGUUUAACAGCAUAAGUUUGUGAAAACCUAAUGUGAAAGCAGGAAGCUCCCAUUCUUAUGUGGCUGUGGCUGGUUUUACAAAGAUGUGUUAAAGUAGUUUGUGGAGGCCAAUCAUAGUCUUUCUCUUAAACUGCUAAAAUGCUGACACUGGACAGUUCAACAAAAAUAUGAUUUUGCCACCUUAACCUCAUGUUAACAUUUACACUUUCUGUCAACUCAGUAUCACUUGCUGUCAAACAAAAAACAAAAAAACUUACUUACUCACUCAUCACUGUAAAAAUCUUCCAGAGGGCAUGUGUUUUCUGCUGGAGUGAACAGAGGUUAAAGUAGUGAAGCUGUAGCUUGGUUUGCUAUGUUUUUUUGUUCAAAUGGCAGUCACAUAUUUUGCCUAAUUAGAUCCCUCUCAGAACUGUUUGGAUGUGUGUAGACUGCAUGAUUGACAUUUAGAUUUUUUUCUGCUGCUGGCAGGACAGUGUAUACCUUUAAGAUUCAAAUUAGUAUGUGGAAUUUAUUCUAAGAAAAGCUCCACCCAGUUUCAACGUGAAGACUAACCAGCUGGGUAAGGCCAUUCUGAGAAUUACCUGAGGUCACCAAAUCCCAUGUAGUUCUAAGAGUUGUUAGGGUGUACAUUGUCCCACCCUAACAGCUGCAACAAAGCUAACAGGAGUGUCAGUGUCAGGAAUGGCUGUCAGCCAAGCUGUGCACACCCACACAGCAAUGAACAGUGGUCUAAUUGGGCAAAAUAGGUAUGCAAAUUUGUGGAUGGACCAUGUUUUUGCAGACACUUUCAGAUGGUCAAGAACAAGACAGCUCUGUAAAAAUAUACAUAAAUUGUAAGUUUUAGUAUUUGUUAGAACACAGUACAGUAUCUCUGUGAAACCAAGCCCAAGGCCAAUGAUGACAGCUUCUUGUUCACUGAAACAUGUGAGAUCACUAAUUAUUUUGUUAAAAGCAUAAAGGAAAGUUAGGAUGUAUGAGUUAUGUAUCACUUGCACCACAGCCUAUCACACGCAAAUCAUGGUUUAAUGAUUUGUACACUCCAUUAUCCUGCUUCAGAGUUGCACUGUUAUUGUCUAUGCAUAGUGGUCAUUCCCCAUUCUUUCUACAGCCACUGAUAAAUACAAAAUACACUGAUGAAUACAAUCAACGAAACUCCAAACUUUCUUCAAAGUGACCUAAUAUUAAAGGCCAUUUGUCAAUGUAUAUAUUCACUAUAUACAACUUUAUAUUCUCUCUGUAAUAGUCAUGUACAUUAACAUCCCUACAGACAAUGUUAUAUUUGGGCAGGCUCAUGUUUUGCUAUUGUGUGUCAAUGCUGGCAGUGCAACUGUUUUCUGUGUCUCAGCUUACUGAUCACUUUACCACUUAUCACUGUGUACUUAUUCAAAAUAGAUAAUGCCAGCACAAUGUGAGAAUUGAUUAUAUAUAGAACAGAUGUGUGUGCCACUAAUGCAUGCAGCCAAUAGAUAAGAUGCAUUAUUAAGGGGUUUUUAGCCUUGCAGUUGUAGCCACAGUCAUUAUACUGUUACUGAAAAUGUUUGGUAAAAUAAAUGCCUGUGCCAUAUUUGGAAUAAAAGGAAGGGUAUCUUAAA